GACCAAUCACAGGCGAAACGGGCGGGGCUACCGUCCAACCAGCAUCGGAGGAGGAGGUGUUCCUGGUAGCCAUCUUGGAUGUGCGGACUGAUUGUUUAAGGAGAAGAAUUGACUUUUUUUUAAUUUAGAAAAACUACUCGUCACAUCAGUUCAGCAGAGAUUCACUGGAGCUUUUGGGCUGGGGAAAUCAAUCUUAACCAAGAAAAAUCCAGUGAAAGAAGGCAUGAAGACAUCAUCUUAGUCAUCAGUCAUGGCCGAUAAAAGGAAACUUCAAGGUGAAAUAGAUCGAUGUCUAAAAAAAGUAGCUGAAGGAGUGGAGCAAUUUGAAGACAUCUGGCAAAAGCUUCACAAUGCAGCAAAUGCCAACCAGAAGGAAAAAUAUGAAGCGGACCUCAAAAAAGAGAUUAAAAAGCUACAGCGUCUUCGAGACCAGAUCAAGACGUGGGUGGCGUCCAACGAGAUCAAAGACAAAAGGCAGCUAGUAGAGAACCGCAAGCUCAUAGAGACGCAAAUGGAGCGGUUCAAAAUCGUGGAACGAGAAACGAAGACGAAGGCGUACUCGAAAGAAGGGCUCGGCCUCGCCCAGAAGGUCGAUCCAGCCCAGAGGGAGAAGGAGGAGGUCGGCACGUGGUUGACGAACACAAUAGACACGCUAAACAUGCAGGUGGACAUGUUCGAGAGCGAAGUGGAGUCGCUGUCGGUCCAGACGAGGAAAAAGAAAGGAGACAAGGAGAAGCAGGACCGGAUCGAAGAGCUGAAGAAGUUCAUCGAGAAGCAUCGGCACCACAUCCGGAUGCUGGAAACCAUACUGAGGAUGCUGGACAACGACUCGGUACCGGUUGAAGCCAUCCGGAAAAUCAAGGAUGAUGUAGAGUACUACAUAGAUUCCUCGCAGGAUCCAGAUUUUGAGGAGAAUGAGUUCCUGUACGACGACCUGGAUCUGGAUGACAUUACUCAGUCUUUGGUCGCAACAUCCCCACCAGGCCACUCGCACUUAGAGGACGAGAUCUUCCAGAUCUCCAGCAGCACCCCCACCUCCACCACCUCGUCCUCACCCAUUCCUCCAUCACCCGCCACUUUCACUACAGAAAACUCAGAAGACGACAAGAAGAGAGGACGUUCAACAGACAGUGAAGUUAGUCAGUCGCCUGUAAAGAACGGAAACCCCUCCUCUUCGUUAUCGUCUUCCUCCUCCUCCUCGUCCUCCUCUUCUUCAGCCUCGGGACUGACAUCCUCCUCAUUGGUGUCCGUUGCUGGAGGAGGCGGCGGGGGUCACCACAGCAGCUCAGGGGGUCUCCUCUCCAACACUUCGGCAGGCAGCUACAGCAACGCCACCCAGCAGCCCCCCCACCCGUCAGCACAGCAGCAGGCCAAAAACUCAGCCCCCAUCUCCAACUCCAGCGCCUCCACCAACAGCCACUGUGCCCCGUUGGCGUCCUCCCCCCCCAGCACAUGCACACUGGGGGCCCUCACAUCAAACUCCCAGACUCCGCCCGGGCCCACGCUGACCUCCAACAGCCUCGGUCUCAGUCUGGGCCUCUUGGGGAAGGGCAGCUCAGUCACCUCCAGCCCCAUGGCGGGGGGCCUCGGCCUAACAGGGAUGCCGGCAUCCCUUGGCAACAUUGGGGGUCUCCUGUCCAGCUCCACCCCAGCGCCAUACGCUCAGGCAGCAGCUUCAGGCACCGGCAGCUCUUUACCGGGAUCUCUGGGGGGCGUCAGCACCUCCCUAACCCAAAGCGGGGUGGGUGCCGUCGGCAGUGGGAGCAUUGCAGUCGGCGGGCCGACGUCCUCCUCGGGGGGUCUACUAGGAACAUCUCCAGGAGUGGGUAGCAUCGGCUCCGGGAUUCUAGGUUUGAGUUCUGCUCAGUCGGGAACGCAGGGCUCUUCCUUGAUGUCGCCAAACUCCCUGGGAGGCUUAGCUCCUGGGAGCGGCGUGGGAGUCAUCGGGAGCAACGGAGGAUCGGGAUCGGCAGGAAGCGUGGGUGGAAGUUCGCCGCUCGCUGUUCGACCGCCGAGCCAGCAGAAGCCGAACUGUAGCACCAGUUACAGUGCUGUGGUAGCAGACAGCACAGCAGACUCCGCCCUCAACAGUGCCAGCCAAUCACAAAGCAGCCAGCCCUCAUCUCUGACCUCCACAACAAGUCAGCCUAAGGACACUGGUCCCAGUUUACUGAGCUCGAUGGGUUUGUCGUCCACCUCUCCGUCACCGGCGUCUUACAACGAGGCAAAAAUAACAUCGAGCAGCAGCAGCAGCAGUCUGCUGAACGGACCGCUGUCGUACUCGCAGUCCACUGACAGCAUCAAGCCUCAGCCCCAGGAGCCUCUGAGCAGCCUGAAGUCCAUGGCUGAGCGAGCGGCUCACGAGGGAGACAUGGCCUCCCUGCACCUUCCUCCAGACAUCUUCUCCAGCAGCACUACAGCGCCCCCCGGCGCCCCGACAGCACCUCAGUCCUCCCUGUCAGAGGUCAGCAUCCCCCCGUCACUGGGGGUGUGCCCACUGGGACCAGCCCCCCUGUCCAAAGACCAGCUUUACCAACAGCCCAUGCAGGAGGCGGCGUGGAUGCACAUGCCCCACCCCUCCGACUCGGAGAGAAUCAGGCAGUACCUGAUGAGGAACCCCUGCCCCACCCUGCCUUUCCACCACCAGGUCCCACCCCCCCACUCCGACACUGUGGAGUUCUACCAGAGGCUCUCCACAGAAACGCUCUUCUUCAUCUUUUACUACCUGGAGGGCACCAAGGCGCAGUAUCUGGCAGCCAAAGCCCUGAAGAAGCAGUCGUGGAGGUUCCACACCAAGUACAUGAUGUGGUUUCAGCGGCACGAGGAGCCCAAGACCAUCACCGAUGAGUUUGAACAGGGAACCUACAUUUACUUCGACUAUGAGAAGUGGGGGCAGCGGAAGAAGGAAGGAUUCACGUUCGAGUACCGGUACCUCGAAGACCGAGACCUCCAGUGAGCCGCAGAGAACAAGAGGGACGUUCGGACACACGAGGAAAGCCAAUCCGCCUGCCGACAUUCCUGGAUUUUUUAGGGGGGGAGGAUGAUGGUUUACAGUGGCACAAUUGAACCCCCCUUCCACUCCCUUCGUUCCUCAUCAUCCUUUGCUUUAAAUCCGUCGUUUCGUUUGCUUCUCGAGGACCAAAGAAUCAACAGAAGCGUCUCCUCUGCGUUCACACCGACCCACAGCUCUCUCAGGACCGCGUUCAGAACUAAAAACCUUCUUCCUCCAAACGCCAUUUUCUGUUUUGGAACCAUCCAGAAGCUCGGUGAGAUCCUGCCGUAACCUCUGUGUGAAUGCAAAAAAACAAGUGAAGCUCGGCUGUUCUUUCCCAGACGACUCAGUCGCACCUGCUGACUUUCCUCCCAAACACAGAAGUACUUCCACACAAACUUAUCAGUUCAUGCUCUUCAUCCAUCCUCCUCCUCCUCCUCUGUGCACAAACACCAGCACUGCCGCCCAGCCCUCCUCCUCCUCCUCCUCCCAGUGAGACACAAACAUGCUGAAAGCUCCUCCCCUUCCUGUCUCCUCACGCCAGGUAGAUGUUUCCUUUUUUCUCAGGAAGUAUUCAAAGAUCUUUUUUUUUUCUUUUUGAGGAAAUGCGUCCCGCGGCACAACAAGCAAACCCCGAUUCAGCAGUUUUUAACUGUUUUAAGUUUUGUCUCUUCACGCCCUUUUCAUUUCACUGAUUUUUUUUUUUAAA